AUGUCAAAAGCUGCACCCAAGAAACCAGCAGCAGGUGCUGCAGCCCCUCCCCCUGCAGGAUUUUCCCUGGACAUAAAGGAUCCUCAGGUGCAGAAUGCUGCCAUCCGCAUCCAGGCUUCCUAUCGUGGGCACAGGUCCCGCGUGGAAAUGAAGGAGAAGGGCCCCCCACGGGUGCUGAAGAACCUCACGGACGUGAUGCUGAUCGAGGGGAGCGCAGCCAAGCUGGAGUGUCGCAUCAGUGCCUUCCCUGACCCUUUCAUCCGCUGGUCCAAAGAUGGAGCGGAACUCAAGGACGGGCCCAAGUACCGCUAUGUCUUUGAGGACCCAGACAUAGUCGCCUUGGUGGUCCGUGAUGCUGGCCUUCCCGACCUGGGCAAGUACACCAUCUCCGUGAAGAACCCCUUCGGAGAGUGCUUCGACUCGGCACGUCUCCUCGUGGAAGUGCCUGCCAAGAUUCAGAAGGGCCCAGACAGCACAAAAGCCAAGAAAGGCAGCACAGUCAACCUGACAGCCCACAUCAGUGGGGAGCCCGCCCCCGAUGUUGGCUGGGCCAAGGAUGGCGAGGAUGUUGAAGAGGAUGAGCGCAUAUACUAUAACAUCGGCAGUGACUCGACAACUCUCACCAUCAAAAAGGUGUCGCCGGCGGAUGCUGGGAAGUACGAGGUCUUUGUGGAGAACAGCCUGGGCAUGGACGAGUCUUUUGCACGCCUUGAUGUGAUCUGAGCUCCUGCCUCCCCCUGCGUCCUGUACAGUUCCCCUCCCCCCAAAAAAGAAACUCUCUGUCAUCGCAAAGUAUGGUCCAUUGUCUUGGAGAGAAGGCUGGGGAAAGCAAAUUAAGUCCUGCAAUGGCGCUGUAGGGAUAUCCUGUCCUGUCCCCCCUAAGAUGCAAUAGGGAGUCCUUCUCUCAUUGCCCCUAUGGCUCUAGCCAAUGUCAUUCUGCCAAAGCUAUCCUGGCAAGAGUUCCCCACUGUGCCCCAGGGCUGAAUCCAUUUCUUGGGCAGGUGGGUCCCAUCUCCUUGCAGGCUAAUCGCCUUGUGCAGCCAUCGCUGAAAUGCCUUCACUCCAAGGAUGCAGAAGGGGGUGUGCAGUCCUCCUAUUGGCAGCACCUACUUUCCCCCAGCACUUCAGAGAUUGUGAGCCAUCCCAGAAGCCUCCAGAUUCUUCCUGACCUGUUUUCUUGCUACAUGAACUAAAUAAAACCAGU